GGGUUUAUCGAUAACAGCGGCGGCGUAAGCGGCGGACUGAAAAUGGGGCCUGAAUAAACGUUUUCUUUGGCGCCAUAUGCGCAGAAUUGCGGCAUACUCAAUUAACCAAAACAUACCACUGACUGACUUACAAUAAAAAUCUGUUGAAUGCCACUGCUACACAACUAUCGAUAGAAACGGUUGCCGGCAAGUGCUGCAAUCUAGUCUUAUGCUGCCUAUCGCUUUUGCCCAUCUAUACAUUCCACCGCGGAAUUUUCCUUGCAUUUUAUGAUGAGCUUUCCACGCAUGUUAUCACUGUGCCUUAGCGUGCUUGUAAUACUGCCGCUUCCCCUCCAGUCGGUGGAUCCCCUGACCAUUGGUGCCGUUGGCGCCGUGGCCCUUGGGGCGUACUUCAAAGAACAUACAUAUUGCCGGUUUGCCGAAUGCUGCGAUGACCGAAACAUUCCGGCGAGAAUAGAUGAAUUAGAAAGAUCCCUGGAACGCACCCUCAUUGGCCAGCACAUCGUGAGGCAGCAUAUCGUCCCCGCACUGAAGGCGCACAUCGCUUCGGGCAAUAAGUCACGGAAACCGCUGGUCAUCAGCUUUCACGGCCAGCCCGGUACGGGCAAGAAUUUUGUGGCUGAGCAAAUUGCAGAUGCUAUGUAUUUGAAGGGCUCCAGGUCGAACUAUGUAACCAAGUAUCUCGGACAAGCUGACUUUCCCAAGGAAAGUGAGGUGUCUAACUAUAGGGUGAAAAUCAAUAAUGCGGUGCGCGAUACCUUGCGUAGCUGCCCGAGAUCUUUGUUCAUCUUCGACGAGGUGGAUAAAAUGCCCAGCGGAGUAUUCGACCAGCUCACCUCGCUGGUGGACUACAACGCCUUUGUCGAUGGCACGGAUAACACAAAGGCAAUCUUCAUCUUUCUCUCGAACACGGCGGGCAGUCAUAUAGCCAGUCAUCUGGGUAGUGUGAUGAAGAAUGGUAGGCUGCGCGAGGACACACGACUGAGUGACUUUGAGCCCCUUUUGCGGAAGGCCGCCUAUAACAUGGAUGGCGGUAUGAAAAAGACCACCAUGAUUGAGUCUCAUGUUAUCGAUCAUUUCAUUCCGUUCCUGCCGAUGGAGAAGGCGCAUGUGAUCAAGUGCCUGGAGGCGGAGCUUUUAAGGUGGCGGCGCGAUCCUAAGCAAGCGAACAACCAAAAAAUCAUUGAGGACAUAAUAAACUCCUCCAUUAGUUACGAUCGCACGCACAGCUUGUUCGCCAUUUCGGGCUGCAAGACGCUGGAGAAGAAGGUGGCCAUGGCCAUUUACUGAGAAAGGACCGACCGACUCCACAUUUUAAUGCUUAGUUUGGGUUUCGGUUUGUAUUUAAAAAACUAUUUUUUCGGAAUAAAGAAAACAAAUUUU